GUAAAUCAUUACAUGCUUACACUUGUUUUGACAAGUUUGUCUAGUGGUUGGUCACUUGGUUUCUCUUUUUAAGGUUCUAAGUUCAACUCUCACUAACAUCAUUGUGAAAGACAUUGAUUUGAUGGUGACAAUAAAGUUUAAAACUAGGCCUCUAUGAAGGUUGUCAGUUCAAAACCGAGCUAAACCGGGUUUUACUACAGUAGGCCUUUAGACAGAUGGGUUUUCCCCUGAAACUAAUAGCUUUAACCAUUUUGGAGGAGUUGAUUGAUGCCUUUACACGAUUCAGAGCAUUGAAUAAUUAUACAGCGAUUUAGUUGGUCGUUAGAUGCUUACACUUACACAACCAUACGUGGAGAACCACUGACCAUUAGCCGACACAAAAUCUCAAUAAAUGCACCAAUGACCAUUACACCCUCAAUCUUUCUUUCCCACAACCACACAAUCCCCCUACACAAAGGGCAAAACCGUAAACCCCUCGUCUAUUUAUCCUCUUGAAUAUCACCCAACAAAAUAUCCUAUCCACUUUCUAAAACUAGUGAUUUUCCAACCAUCAUUUCUCACCGGAAAAAUGGACUCCUUCAUGAACAGCGUCAAAACCGCCACCGGCACCGGCGGCGACGACAAAAGCAAAACCAACCCAGACCAAUCAUCCAACAGUGACCUCAUGACAAGCGCCAAGACGAUGGCGGGGAACGCGCAGUCCGCCAUAAGCAACCAAUCCGAGAAAAUCGUCGUAGCCACCACGGACCUCAUGACAAGCGCCAAGGAGUACGGAAGUGGGUUUGGGGCGGCGGAGGAGAAGAAGGUCCCAGACCAAUCAUCCAACAGUGACCUCAUGACAAGCGCCAAGACGAUGGCGGGGAACGCGCAGUCCGCCAUAAGCAACCAAUCCGACAAAAUCGUCGUAGCCGCCACGGACCUCAUGACAAGCGCCAAGGAGUACGGAAGUGGGUUUGGGGCGGCGGAGGAGAAGAAGGUUGAGGCUCCGGAGAAGAAGGAAGAAUCUGGAAGUGGGUUUGGGGCGGAUGCUUUCAAGGCUGCCGGAAAUUUGUUUAAGAAGAAUUAAGUGGAAGUGGAAGUGCAUUGUGACUUUUACACUGUGGUUUAAAUGUUGUACGUUGAUUUCUGUAAUAAUUUGAUUUGCAUGAAGUGUGUGACCAUUGUUGUUGACUAAUUUGGCGUUGUGAAUUUGUGACUUGUGUGUUAAAAAAGUUGUAAUGUGACGUAACAUGCUUGAUAUUUUUUUUACAUCAUUAUAGUAGGUAAGUUACAAAACUCGUGAUGAAUAAAAUAUAUAUAUUAAAUAUGUUAGGAAAUUCGUAAUUUGAAUCUCGAGCUCGGCUCGUGAGUAAAAUCCCACCUAAAGCUCGGCUCGAGUUAUUUUAAGAACAACCUCGUAUGAGCAAAGAACUCGGUUCUAGCUCGCUUCAGUAUCGCUUAAACGAGCCAAAGCUUGGCUCGAGCUUGGCUCACCAAUGUUAUCAUCAUUAUUAUUAUAUUAUAUAUAAAAUAAAUAAUUUUUUGUUUGGCUCGUUUAGGCUCGCGAGCCAGGCUCGAGUUCAGGCUCGUUACAGCUCGGCUCGUUAAAGCUCGUCUAGUUCGAGUUUUUAACCGAGCCGAUAACGAGUAGCUCUCGAGCCUCUGAGCUUGUUUACACCCCUAGUGGCAAUGAAGUUUAAAACUAGGCCUCUAUUGAGAUUGCAAGUUUAAAACCGAGCCGAACCAGGUUUACUAAAAUGAGCCUUCGGACGUACGGGUUUUCUUCGAAACUGAUGACCAUUACGGAGGAGUUGAUACAUUUGCACUAUUCAGAGCACUCCAGAACAAUUAUCCGGUGAGUUAUUCGUGGAGAACCACUUGUAAAGCUAACACCCUGCCACGUUAGAACCAAUCCAACCGAGGUCCCACACGAAGUGGCCGACAUAAUAUCUCAAUAAAUGCGCAAAUGACCAUUACACCCUCAAUCUUUCUUUCCCACAACCACACUAUCUCCCUUACACAAAGGGCAAAACCGUAAACACCUCCUCUAUUUAUACUCUUGUAACUUGCAUCAAUAUCACUCAACAAAAUAUCCACUUUCUAAAACUAGUGAUUUUCCGACGAUUAUUUCCCACCGGAAAAAAUGAACUCCUUCAUGAGCAGCAUCAAAACCGCCGCCGCCUCCGCCAUCACCGGCGCCGACGACAAAAACAAAGCCAACCCAGAGCAAUCAUCCAACAGUGACCUCAUGUCAGACGCCAAGACGGUGGCGGAGGCGGCGCAGGCCGCCGCAAGCAACCAAUCCGACAAAAUCGACAAACCGAAAGUCGCCGGAGCCGCCGCGGACCUCCUUGACGCCGCCAAGCAGUACGGAAAGUUCGAUGAGACUCAAGGGGUGGGGCAGUAUUUGAAGAAAGCAGAUGAUUAUCUUCACCAGUAUGAGAAGCCCGGUACCACCCCCGCCGCUGCACCACCAGCUACGGAGGAGAAGAAGGGUGAGGAGGUGGCGCCGCCGGCGGAAGAGAAGAAGGUUGAGGCACCGGCGCCGGUGGAGGAGAAGAAGGAAGAAUCUGGAAGUGGGUUUGGGGCGGCGGAUGCUUUGAAGGCUGCCGGAAGUUUCUUUAAGUAGAAUUAAGUGGAAGUAGAAGUGCAUUGUGACUUGUACACUGUGUUUUAAAUGUUGUACGUUGCUUUCUGUAUUAAUUUGAUUUGCAUGAAGUGUGUGACUAUCUAUUGUUUGUUGUUGACUAAUUUGGGUUUGUGAA